AUGGCUGCUGCUGACACGAAGCAGAGUGCCGACACCCCCACUGGUGUGGUCUCAGUUAACGUUGCCGAAGGCGCACCCUUUCCUAUGGGCGAGAACGAAGGAUUUCGAUUAGGGGCUGAUUCGGGCGGUACACAGAUCUUGCAGUUUGGCUGCCACUGCUGCAAGAGCACCAACGUCUUGAUCUGCACUAAAACUGCAGACGGCGGCUGGGUGCUGUGCAGAGCACCCGCUGCGCCUCAACCGUCUCAGACAGCAACUGCACUUGAACGCAAAGAUGUCGAAGUAUCCACGGAGACCUGGAAGGACCCUGGAGAUUCAUGUGAGGGCGUAGAUGUAAAAUGUUCGGGCAAGGGGCCAGGCAAGGGGCGGGAACAAGAGGAGCAAGAGGUCCCAACCAAAGCAGAAAUACAGUAUGCAGUUUGCUCCAGUGGCCAGAGUGGAGAUGAUGUCUGCAGAGAUACUCAAGACAGAGGCGUUUGGACGAUACAGAGCAACCAAAGGGGGACUCUCUGUUGCACAGUUGUGGAACCGUCAACCCCACAUGCUGCACCAGUGGUAGAAGACGUGAUAAUCAAAUCAAGCUCUUUGCGCCCUUUGGCGCGGUGUUCAAAUUCUUCAACGUGCUCUUCUUGGGAAGGCGGCGAACCCAGAAUAGAGGAUGAUACUUCAAGCUCUACAGUGGAUCCUGUGGCUAGCCAGACAUGUCUGAAAGAUGCCGAGCCACGAAGUGCCGUUCACCAAGUAAAACAUCAGAAACACUCGAGCCUGGAAGAGCGAGAGGGGCAGGGAACGGAGAAGCUGCGACCUCCAGAGCAACAGCAGCAGCACUCAAGGACUACACAGAGCUUGUGCAGAACUACAGAUGACCAAGUUCAGAAAGAUGCCGUAGGAAGCGUCAUCACUGGGGGAAAAGAGAAGCUUCAGCUCCAUUACCCCUGUAGUAACGGGGACAAGAUAUCCCAUAGUGAAGCGGAGGCCCCUGCGGAGGACGGCCCAAAGCUGGCAGCUUCUAAGGAGCAGCAGGAGCAAAAUAAACUACAGGAGCAACCGCAGCAGCAUGCAGAACCACAGAAGAGCGAGCAGCAGGCGAGGGAAUACCCACCUGACAGCCAGGGCAGCGGCAGAGUCCAGACGAGCAGGAGUAACAGCAACAUCAGUAGUACGAAGAAGGCGCAGGACUCCGCCAUUGCAGCUAUGGCCCCCUACAUGUCGACUCGCGAGUGCGAAGGGGAUGGCAAUUGCCUUUACCGGGCAUUUUCUGAUCAGCUCUACGGGUCGCAGGAUCACCACCUGUUCUUACGGUGGCUUGCCGUUGAUGUGAUGUUGAGGUGCAAGGACACUUUUGAGGCCUUCGUGGAUGAAAGCGAAGGCCCGUUUGAGCGAUGGCUUCAAACAAAAAGGACAUACGGAGAGUGGGCUGACUACAGGGAGAUGCAUGCGCUACUCUUACUGUUCGGAACCCCCAUCUUCGUUUUCGACGAGCAUCUACAGUUGUUACAGGCAUUUGAGCCUGAUCCAGAAAAAAAGCGGCUACCCAACAGGGAAGGGGAGUCCCUUACUCCCUUCCGACUCAUGUGGCACGGGAAGCUCGGCCACUACACUUCACUCCACUUUGUGAAAGAGGGCUUUCCUAUUGCCCGUGGACUUAUGAUAGGCCAGCUCGAGGCUGAGGGCCUAGCAAGAUUAGUCCUAUCCCUUGCCACUGGAACUUCCUCCACCAGUUCGGGUGCGAACGGCGAGUGUGUGCCAAGUUUUUCAACACCCGCUAGGGACGCUACGGGCCUCGAAGAAGAGACCCUAGCGGAGUGCCUGCAAGUAAGUGCACAAGAGUUGGCGGGGAUCGCAGCUGAGCAGGAACUUAUCCUUGCAGCAAUCAAGAGACAACGGCUGCAGCAGCUGCUACCCCAGACCACGAGGGUUGUAGAUGAGAUCUGGAAUGAAGCGAGGAAGGAACAGGAAGGAUGGACGGCCCGACUCGUUAAGAGCCAGCGUAGUUCCCCACUGGUGGCCGCUGCAACGGAGCCAGUCCAACACCCAGAUAUGCCUUUGAGAGCCACAGAAAAGCGUUUACCACCAACUGCAGCACCAGCGUGCGCGUCGGCGGCAGCAGAGGACUUUGGCGCCAACUCACGAGCAUACGCUACAGCUAGCCGAAUCUACAACGGGCCUGUUUCGAGGGUCCCGUGCCCACCCACUAGCGUGUGCAUGGUCACGUGUAGGCGGCCAUCUGGUGGCAACCUACAACAUACGGCAGGCCCUGCAGGAGGCGUUUGGAGUGAUAGCCUCCCUGGCCACGUCGCCAGGUAUGAUGCGAGACAGCGAAUUUGGCAGGAGCAGCUUCACCUGAGACAACGAACUACCUCGACGCCGAUAGCACGUUACAGCCAAGGGCCUGCAGGCCGUGCACAUGUCAUCUCUCCAGUGCAAGGGCUACCUGCGCCCGGAGCCACGAGGAGCUUUGGCUAUACUGAGCAGUAUGCUCCCCAACUGGACUACAUUGAACAGCAGCGGCAUUGCAUGCAACUCCCAGGCGGGCGGCUGGUUGCAGUAGCCCCCAGUGGGGCGCUGAGGCCCGUGCGGCACGCAACGUUGCAGCACCAGCGGCAGUCGGAACAGCAGCAGCAACUGCUGCCCACAAGACCAGCAGCAGUUACGGGGCAGCGCCAAGCAACCAGCGGCAGUAACAACGGCCAUGCAGAGGAUGCUUCUUGGUUCUCUAGGUGGAUGGGCAGGGGGAACAACAGCUAG